UUUUUUUAAACAGUGAUUUGUUUUCUGUGGCGAAAACGUCUAUUGCUUUAUGUCUAAUAAACAGCACGGUUUGUCAUGUGGGGGGGGGGGGUUAAACACAUAAAUAAAAAUAUUAAUAUGUAUAAAUAGUGAUGUUUUAUACUGUAUUGCAUUUUGCACUUCCAUGUCCUUCAUCCUUUACUCCAGUCGAGAAGUGGAAAAACCUCGAUUGUGAUUGGCUGAUGUCAAAUGCAGCAUCCGCCUUGGCAACCUUGCCACCGCCUAUCGUCUGUCAGAACGGGAGAACUUUAAACUAAAAGAGGCGGGACUAAGCGUGAUUGGCACUGUCUUUUUCCAAUGGCGUGACGUGUUGAAUCUGCUUCCGCCAAUGGCUUUUUGCGCUGGCUAAAGGUGGGCGGAGCUCACUUUUUAGCAUAGUGCGCACUUUAGUCACACAUUGAAACUCACCACCGCCUUCCUUCGACAAAGACGACUUUUGAGAAGGGCAAAGUUAGACCUUCAACACUAACGGCAACGCGAAAAGUUCAUAAAACAUUAAGUAUAUUUUUUUGUGUGUAAGUAUGCGUACGUUCUUGUGACGAAUAUGUUUAAAAGAGCUCCGGUCAACAUGAACGGAGAGGAUGUUUUGUCAAGAUGCAUUGAGAUCGUCAAAGAUCAACUUUAUUUUGCCAUCAUUAAGCAAAAGGUGAAAAGCACGACCGAGAGACAUUAUUUCUGCAUUGAUGAAGAGUUGGCAUAUGAAAGCUUCUAUGCAGACUUUGGCCCCCUCAACCUGGCCAUGCUUUAUCGCUUCUGUUGCAAACUGACAAAGAAACUCAAGUCCGUUACACUUUCAAGGAAGAAGAUUGUGUUUUAUACCGGUGUGGAUCCGAAGAAAGUAGUCAAUGCUGCUUACCUCAUAGGCUCGUAUGCAGUAAUGUACCUGAAUAUGACACCAGAUGAGGCCUACAGUCUACUGGUGUCCAAGAACUGCACAUACAUUCCAUUCAGAGAUGCCUCGUUUGGAACCUGCAUGUACAAACUAAACAUCCUCGACUGCCUCCGUGCUGUCCACAAGGCGCUGCAGUACGGCUGGCUGGACUUCUCCAACUUUGAUUUGGAGGAAUACGAGCACUAUGAGAGGGCGGAAAAUGGCGAUUUAAACUGGAUCAUUCCGGGGAAAUUCCUUGCAUUUAGCGGGCCUCAUCCCAAAAGCAAAAUAGAGAACGGCUACCCUCUGCACGCUCCUGAGGCCUACAUCCCUUAUUUUAGGCAACACAACAUCACCAAUAUUGUGCGACUCAACAAAAAGAUGUACGAUGCCCGGCGCUUCACAGAUUCGGGCUUUGAACAUCACGACCUCUUCUUUGUGGACGGGAGCACGCCCAACGACACCAUUGUCAGGAAGUUCCUCAAUAUAAGUGAGAACGCAGAGGGAGUCAUAGCCGUCCACUGCAAAGCGGGUUUGGGGCGCACUGGCACUCUGAUUGGCUGCUACAUGAUGAAGCAUUACUGCAUGACGGCGGCGGAGGUGAUUGCUUGGAUACGGAUCUGUCGCCCGGGGUCCAUCAUCGGGCCUCAGCAGAACUUUGUUGAAGAGAAACAGAACAGUCUGUGGGCUGAGGGAGACGUCUUUCGGGAGAAGAUGCUCGGCGAAAGGGAGAACGAUAAACUGGUCGUGACAAGAAUCCUCUCCGGAGUGGACGACAUAACCAUUAACGGCAGCAACAAGAACAGGGUGUCCAAGAAAGGAGAGCUGGAACUGUAUAACGAUGACGAUGAACGUAACGGCCUGACGCAGGGCGACAAACUGCGAGCCCUGAAAAGCCAGAGGCAGGCUAGAUCCUCCAGUUCAUUAUCGCAAGAGGAGAAUAAGGUUCACACCAGGUCGGCGUCUCUUAACAGGGCAGUGCUUCAGGCCAGUGUCAAUUCGUUGGCUUUGUCCGACCGUUUGGACAGCAGAAAGAGGACCAGAACCUCACUGCCAGCCAGUGGAGCAUGCAGCUCCGUGUGUGGCACCCCAUUGGUGGGCAGCUUUCACGUAGCAGCCGGCGACCCUGUGUUUAGUGAGCCAUGUGGCGGCCAUAAAGACGCAGCCAACACGUGCGCUCCUGUCAACUUAAACCUGACGCACUUGCAGACCCGCCGCCUCCAGUGGACAUAAAGUUCGCCGCUCUUUGCAAACUGUGCGAUUUUCUAAGCUCUGUCACUCCACACCUAGAGCAAGAGCGCCUGUACUUCGGUGAGCCCGUGGAUGUGACGAUCCUGAUUUAAUUUGAAGGUUAAAACAUUUUGUAACCAGUAGAGUACGACUAGAAUUUUAUUUUAAUAUACGUUAUUCUCCAAGGCCAUCCUUUUAAAAACGUAACUGUCAUUUCAAACCUCAGUCUUGAACCUGGAAGUACCGUAGUAGUACUUACACUUGUCUAUUAGUCAGCGGUUUCUUUUGAAGAUUGUAAAUAUUUCACAUUUGAUUUACUCAUUUUUUAAAGAUACAUCUUUUUGUACUAUUGUAAUCAUGUAAUUUCUGUCCAAAUGGGACCUAAUGUAACUCCUGUACAUCCACUACCUAUUAACAUGUACACCCAAUUAAAAUGCAUUUAUACA